AUGUAAUACAAGUUACUAGUAUCCAUACACUAAAUGAAAUAAUACUAGUACGAAUAGAUAACAGAUCUUAAAGAAUGUGGCCUGAAACAGCAGCCACGAUUUUAUUCUACAAAAUUGUAUAAAUAAGAACAACUUUAAUGUUCGUAGUGAAAAAGCAUAAAAACAGAACGGAGUUGAUCAUGGAGAGUGAAAAUGGCAGAAUGAGUAUACUGAUGUUACCACAUUUAGCCUAUGGUCACAUCUGUCCCUUCUUAGAACUAGCUAAACAGCUCGGAAAAAGAAGUUUCAUAAUUUAUAUUUGUUCUACGCCUAUCAACCUUGCUUCAAUCAAGAACAGAGUGCAUCAAAAUGAUCAUAUUCGACUAGUUGAGUUUGAUCUUCCUGCUUCUGCAGAAUUACCUCCUCAUUAUCAUUCCACAAAGGGCCUCCCAACCAACCUCAUCCCGAUCCUUGAACAAGCUUUCGAGAUGGCAGCUCCAAUUUUCAUUGAAAUCCUCAAAGUCAUUAAACCGGAUUUGAUUAUGUAUGAUUUCAAGCCUUCUUGGCCUGCAGAGGUUGCUCUGUCUCUGAAUAUUCCAGCUGUUUAUUUUACAGUCAAUGCCGCAGCAGCCUCUUGUGUAGUUGUACAUCUAUACAAAAGGGCUGGGGAAAAAUUCCCCUUCCCAGAGAUUGCUUUGUUUUCAGCUGCCCCGCCUAAUUUUCCUGAAUCUGUACUCAAGACUAUUAGGGAAAUUGCGUUAUGCUCUGAACGGUCAAGCAACCUUGUUUUGAUUAAGAGUUUUAGAGAGGCUGAAGGAAAAUAUAUUGAUCUUCUAUCAGAUCUGGUUCAGAAAACUUUGAUUCCUGUCGGUCCACUUGUUCAUGAUGCACCCGAAAAUGAAGAUGAUGACACGAAGAAUAUCAUGAAAUGGCUAGACAAGAAACAAAAAUCUUCGGUGCUUUUUGUGUGCUUUGGGAGCGAGAACUAUCUAUCUGCAGAAGAAGCGAUAGAGAUGUCAAAUGCAUUAGAGAUAACCAAGUGUGAUUUCAUAUGGUCUGUGAGGUCUCCACAAGGAGAGGAAACAAAAUGUCUAGAACUCCCAGAGGGAUUUAUUGAAAAGAUAGGGGAUUCAGGAUUGAUUCUGGAGGGGUGGGCGCCACAGACGACGAUUUUGGGACAUUCAAGCAUUGCUGGCUUCCUCAGUCAUUGCGGAUGGAGUUCUGUGAAUGAGAGCAUGAAAUUUGGUGUGCCUAUUAUUGCAAUGCCCAUAAGAGGGGAUCAGCUUACGAAUGCCAAGCUUGUGGUGGAGAUUGGGAUUGGUAUGGCGAUAGCGAGGAACAAUGAAGGCAAGUAUAAGAGAGAGGAGAUUGCUGAUGUUAUAAGGAAGGUUUUGACAGAAGAAAGUGAAGAAGGUGCAAGGGGGAAAGCUAGAGAAUUGAAGUUGAAAAUAGAGGAGAAAGGAGAGAAUGAUUUGGACAAGGCAGCUGCGGAAUUGAAGCAAGUUUGCAGCAAGAAUAUGCAAGCAUACUAGUAGAUUGUAGUGUCAAGUGUGUACUACAAGUUGAUAAGAUAGGCAUGUGAAAAUUACAGUUUAAUCAUCAAUGUUGCUUCUGUAGUCUCAGAAAUUCUUAUCUUACAUGCAUUUUUAGCUUGAA